AUGAAGUCCAUCACUGCCAUCUUAUCCCUCUGCCUCUGGCAAAUAGCCAGCGCAACACCCGUCAUGCCGCCAAACUCAACAACCAUGUACCCCCGAGACCCGCUCUCCAGCAACCCCAUCGACCCUCUCGCUCUCCCCCGCGCCAUCGCCAUCGCCGAAAAGAUCCAAGCCGCAACCCGCAAGGCGCGCGCCGGGGGAUACAGCAACGCCCUGGCCAGCGACAAACGAGCAGUCCACAACUACACCCUGCCAGGCGCCCACUUUCCCACGCGCGACGCCAGCCUCAAAUCUCACUGCAAGCAGAACGGCACCACCUUCGUCGACACCACGUCCUCCGCGUCCCCGCCUACCGCCCACUGCGCCGCGCUGAUCGACCAGAUCCUGCGCGACAACGACAACCAGACGUGUGUGACGUUCGGGCUCGCGCCCAACAACAACAACAACAACAACAACACCGCGGCGCACGGCAACACGACGACGACGACGACGACGACGACCAACUUGAUCGCGGCGUCCGGGAAGUGCGCGUUCAGCGUGACGGUGGACACGGCAGUGGUGGCGAGCACGUUUAUCGGGAUUGGGGACGUGGUAUUUGCUGUGCAGGAGUCGAUCCGGCGGUUUUCCAGGGGUGGCAACGGCAACGGCAACGGCAAUGGGACUAUGCGUGCGGAUGUUGAUGACUGUGGGAAUAGUACUGCGGGUGUCCCGAGGGUGGUGAAUGGGACUGCUGCUGCUGAUGAUGCUAGGGUUGGUGGUGCGGGUGCGUUUGAGUGCGGUGCGAGCGGCACUACGCGUGGGAAGUUUGUGAAUUGGGCGCUGGUUCAUACUUGA